AUGAGGACGGCUGGGGGGGCCACCGCCACCGUCCCCACUGUCGCCGCUGGCAGCCCAGCGCCGCGCCGCCGCGGCGGCAGCGGCCCGGCCGCGCGCAGCCCGGACCUCUUCGAGCGCCUGCAGCACGCCGUGAGCUCCCUGGAGCGCGCCGUGUUCUCCCGCCACCGGCAGCCGCCGGCGUGGCCACCGCCCGCCCCGGCGUGGCACCGAGCGGUCCAGAGCCUGCAGGAGCUGAGCCGGACACCGGGCUGGGCGCGCCGCUGGUGCCCGGAGGGGGCGGCGGGGCCGGGGCUCCCGGCGGAGGUGGCGGCGGCGGCGGCGAGGAACGCGAGCCUGCGGGCAACCCUGGGCCAACGCGACGAGGAGCUGGGCCAGGCCACGGCCGCGCUGCGGGCGCUGCGGGGCGAGCGGGAGCGCCUGCAGGGCAAGGUGCGGGACCUGCGGGAGGCUCUGGCCAGGCUGGAGGAGCCGGGAGGGUCUGGCAGUGACACCCCCGGGACCGGCGACACCCCCGGGACCGGUGACAGCCCCGGGACCGGUGACAGCCCCGGGACCGGCGACACCCCCGGAACCGCGACGCCCCCGGGACCGGUGACAGCCACGGGACCGGCGACACCCCCGGGCCCAGCAGCCCCCCGGGGCACCGGCCCCGCGCCCCGCUGUCCCCCCCAGCCCUCGGCGGGCCCCGGCCGGGAGCAGGAGGAGCGGCUGCAGCAGCUGCAGGGGGUGCUGGCGCGGCUGCAGGAGGCGAACCGGGAGCUGGCGGCGGCGCUGGGCGAGUGCAAGGGCGAGGCGGAGCGGCUGAGCAUGGAGCUGGGGCGGAGAGAGUCCCGCUGCAGCGGGCUGCGGCUGGCGCUGCGCUGCAGCGAGCGCUGCGGGGGCGCCUACGCCGUCCUCCUGGACCUGGUGCGGGCAAAGGUGGCACCGGAGGGUGGCACCCGUGGGGGAACCGCGGCGGAACCGAGCCCGGGCCACGAACCGGGAGCCGGCGCCGCCACAACGGAACCGGGACCCGGCCCCGCCACACCGGAGCCCGCGGGGCCAGCGGAACCGGACAGCCGAGAGGACCCCGCGGACAGCCCCGGGGCUCACAGCUCCCGGGGCAUGGCGGAGGGAGCGCUGCGGGAACUCAUCCGGCGGCUCCGCGCCGAGCAGGCGGCGGUGGAGGGGUCCCUGCUGGACGCCCCCGAGCCCUCGGAGCCCCCCCGGGAGCGGGACCCCCGAGGCCGGGCGGAGCGGGCGCUGCGGGACGCGCGGGCGCUGCUGCCCGGCUGGAGGCGGCCCGAGAAGGAGGAGCUGCUGCAGGAGCUGGCCGUGCUCAAGGAGGCGCUGGCGGAGCUGCGGACGCGGCUGCAGCUGGCCCAGAAGGAGAAGCGGGCCCUGGAGCUGCUCCUGGCCGCGCACGGGCCCCGCGAGGCCGCGCUGCGCCUCCUGCUGCAGCACCGGGAGCGGGAACGGGAGCGGGACGGGCGGGACGGACCCUCCGGCAGCUCCGGCAGCAGCUCCGGCAGCUCCGAGGAGGACGCGCGGAGGGGCCGGGGGGCGGCGAUGGCUCCGCGGAACCCCCCGGACCCCGAGAGAAGCAGGGAGGAGCUGCUCCGGAUCCGGGCCAGGACGGAGCGGCUGCGCGGCCGUGCCCAGGAGCUGGCGCUGGCGCUGGAGCAGGGCAGCGCUGCCAGCCGUGCCCAGCAGGCGCUCAGCGCCGCCGCCACCGCGGAGCUCCUCCAGGAGCACAGCUCGCUGGCCCUGGCGUACCGCGGGGCGCGGCGCAGGCAGGCGGAGCAGCUGCGGCGGCUGCGGGCGCGGGCGGCGGCGCUGCGGGGCCAGCACGGCCGCAGGGAGCGAGCCCUGGCCCGGACACUGCGGGACCGCGAGCGCGGCGGCGAGACCUGCAUCUAGGGAGCCGCGGAAAGGCACGGGGAAAGGCGGAAAGGCACGGGAAAACCAGAGGAAUCCACGGGGAAA